AUGGGUCGUCUCGUGAAGAAGAGCGAGCAGGACGCGAAGCAGAGCUCGUUGCUCGGUUUCUUUCGCAGGCCCCUCGGUGACGCCAACGCUACUCGGGAGUCCACCGCCGCGCCCUCCAAACCCGAACCCACCGGCGGACGGGCGGAUGGUGACGAUCCGCCCGUGGAAUCGACGGGUCCCUCCGGGGCUAUCGAUGCGACGGCGGCCGCCCCCUCGUGCGAGGACCGCGCGGGGGACAAUUUGACGACUGCCCCGAACGCGCCCCGGACGCACCCAUCGCAACGACCGCCUCUCAGGAUGGCGGACGCGCUCGUGCGGAUCGAGAGGGCCAUCAACGGUUGGGAGCGACUCUUCGCCUCGCACGAGCGCGCGAGAGGGGACGAGCGGGCGAAGGAGGCAUCCGCGCGCGCGAGCAGGACCGCGGAGUGCGCGAGGGCCCUCAGGGUGGAGGCGUACCGACAUCGCAUAGAGACGCGGCGCGAAUCUCGCGGCGCGCGGCAGUGGACCCGAUCGAUUCGCGCCAGGCAACACCGCGGCGACGGCGGACGCGGCAAGCGAACGCUGGAGAACGCGGGGAUCUCGUUGAACAUCGACCGCCUGCGCGAGGUGGGCACGUGCACGCUCCCGGCCAACCCGAACGAGGGAUCGGCGGUGUCCGCGGCGGGUGACCCGACGCUGUCGUUAUCCUUCGAUCCGACGGGCGCGUACCUCGCCGCGGCCACCGCGGGUGGCCUGCUCGCCGUGCAGAGCUGGGACACGAUGCGUUGCACAGGGGGGCUCCUGUACGAGCCGAGGUUCCAGAGGAGGGGCGCGAGGGGCAACCCGUCGAUCCACCGUUCGCUGUCCUCCGUGGCGUGGCGACAGGGCGGGGACGUGGUGGCGACGGCGUCCGGGGAUGGCGGGGCUGUCGAGAUCAUCGACCUCGGCGCCGGGGGGACGACGACGCGGACCCUGCUCGCGGACACGGACCGCGGGUCGUCGGCGUUCAGGACGGGCGACGGACAAGGCGCGGGUCUGUUGGACGUCCUGUUCUGCCCCGGCGAGGGUAACCGGGUGCUCGCGGCGGGGCGACGGGGUCGGGUGUACCUAUGGGACGAUAGGUGCGCGGGGGGGCAACCCAGGGCGGAGCUCACCGCUCCGACGGACCGCGACUCGCCGUUCAACUGCGCGCGGGCCAGCGACGACGGACAGACGGUCAUCACGGGGUCCGGGCGCGGCAUGGUGCACGUGUGGGACCUGCGCGGGGGGACGGGGGGUACCAAGGCGAGGGCCGCGGCGUUUUCGUUUGGCUCGCAGAACAAGACGUCGCACCAGCUCCUCCGAUCGGUCGACGUCGCGGAGCUUCUCGCGCAGGUGCCGGUCAUCAGGGACGGUCCGACUUCGGGACCGAGCAGGAGCGCGGUGCACUGGUGCGAGCAGGACCCGAACGACCAGAGGAGGAUCGGGUUCCACCUCGCCAGGGGCUGGUCUGGGGUCAUCGACAUGUCGGGACCGCGCGGUUGGGGCGGCGUCAACUGGACGGGGCCGCUCGUGACCCACGCGCACUGUCCGCCGUCGCAGUGGGAGGUCUCGGAGACGGGCUCGGGAGAGGCGGUGUUGGCGCCCGGGGUUUGCGGCGCCGCGCUGGCGCAUCGCCGCACGGGCGCGUGGGUCACCGCCGGGGACGGUGGCGGGUCCGCCGUCGCUGUCGGGUGCCCGGGUCGGGACGGCGUGAGAGUGCUCGACUUUAGCCCCGCGCCGGGCGCCAGGCACUGGAGGAGGAGGAGGAAGCGAUGA